AGAGACCGCGGACCCAGUGCGUCUCUAGAUUUCGUGCCGAGAAGACCAAAAAACCAACUUAUAAAUUCUCGACUUUUUUUUUGCGUCAUCUUUCAUUUCCUUUAUAUAUAUCUCUCUCUCUUUUUCUUUUUCUUUCUUUUCUCCCCUUUUUUAUUCUCAUUUUCUUCCACCUGUUACGUACACCCUUUGGAUCAAGUGAAAAGAAUUGCGAUAAAUCUUGUUUGAAAUUCAAAAAUCGAGUAAUCGUGAAAUUGACCAUAUCAAACUAUAUAGAUAUAUAUAUAUAUUAGGAACCCUUGGAAAGCGUUUGUCACCACCCUUCGGCACGCUCUUGUAUUUCACCAUGACUUUAUUAAUCAAGAUUUCUUUGAUAUGUUUAAUGAUCUAUACAGUGAUGGUUGAGGGACAACAAAAUAAAAUUAAAAUCACUGAGGAAAAUGUAAACAUUGCUUUAAAUGACACUCGCUAUAUGAGAAGGCAAAUAAACUGCGCUUUGGGGACUAUCAAAUGUGAUCCAAUUGGUGGUCGAUUAAAAAGUUUAGCACCACUGGUUAUAAGAAACAACUGUCCACAAUGUAGUCCCGAAGAAAUGUAUUUCAUCAAAAAAGUUUUAGCACACAUUCAAAACAAGUUUCCAGAAGAAUGGACUUUAUUAAGAGCCAAAUAUCUCAAACCGUAAAAAUUGGCAACACAAUAUGUUGAAAUCCUAUUUUUUUUUAUACAAGUGAGUGAGUGAGAAAAUAAAAUAUUAGAAAAGAAAAAAGAAAUGUUUCGAAAGACAAGAGAGUAAAAGAGAGAAGACAGAAAACAUUGAGAAAAUGUAUGUGUGUGUGUGUGUACGUGUGAGAGAGAGGUUCUUGUCAGAAUGAGAGAGUGACAGUGAAAGUUGAUUGUAAAACUCUUUGGGAAUUCCAAUAGGAGACGCUAAGUGUCUAUAUCCGUUUUCAAUGACGUUUUAAUCUAUCAGAAUAUUUUUCUUCCUUUUUCUUUCCUUUUUUUUUUUAAAUAAUACCCAGUUUUUUUCAUAUCAUGACGCGAUUUCUGUCUCACGAUGUCAAUAACUUUCAAUUAUACAUUCUCUCUUCUUGAGAAAUUUCAAACUUUCUUUUUCAAUUAAAAUCAUAAUAUCUCUAUAAUAAACUAUGUAUAAUAAUAGUCACAAUAAUUUGUCAAUUUUUUUUUUUUUUGAUACCGUUAGUUUUCAUAUAUAUGUAAUCUACUUUACAAUAUUUAUGUUUUUUUAUAUGUAUUAUAAUUAUGUAUGAUUGUAGGUAAUAAAAAAUUGUUGACAUGAAAAAAUAA